UUAAUAUUAUAUUAAUUGGUAUAUAGUGAAUACCAAUUUGAAAACAGAAUACCACUAACCACACGUCAGCUCCGAACUGCAACAAAGUUUACUUUCGUAAUUAAAUAAACUUAAGUUAUUUUCUUGUACUGUUGUCAAAGAUAUUUCUGCGCGUGAAACUGCCACUUUUCCCCAUUCACAUAUAGUGCACGCCGGACUGUUUACUGUAUGUGUUACUUCAACCAGCAUCAUUACAUGUAACGUUGCACCAAUAAACCAGGCGGCUCGCGGAGCAGACCUCUUCAACAUCCGGGCAUUGAAUAAGCCUGCGCAGAAACGGAAUGGCGGAGAGUUAAAGAACCAUCCCCUGACUGCCAGAUAGUGCGCUAUAGAAAACAACGGGAGAGCGGCUUGCGCGCGGCGGCGCCCGGCACUGUCCCAGGUGCGCGCGAUAGGCACCGCGUGCCGGCCGCGCGGCCGGUGAAGUUCCUGCGCUGGGCAUCCGUCUCGAGCCGAGGCGUCUUCGGCGUCUGGCUCUAGCCGGUUCAAUGGGCUCUGGAGAACACACACUCAGUUUAGUGGAGGUCCUCAACCACAGCUAUGAAGCACGAGAUGAGCAGUCUCCCGACAGGGGCAAGUCCCUAGAGGACCUGGAGAAGACACUGGGAGCCAAGCAGGGUGGCGAGAUGCCUCUGGAAGAGUUGCUUUCUCUGUAUGGGUACGAGGUGUCAGAGCCCGUUUUAGAGCACGACAGGGAGCCCAACGAGCUGACGGCCACCCUGCCCGACAUGACACUGGACAAGGAUCAGAUAGCAAAGGAUCUGCUUUCGGGAGAGGAGGAAGAAGAGACUCAGUCAUCGGCUGAUGACCUCACCCCUUCCGUCACCUCCCAUGCCUCCGACAUUUUCCGGCGCCACCUGCGUGCCCAGUCCCUUGGAGACAAAGACAAGGAGAGCUCCUCAGAGGCAGAUUCCGACGGUGCCUCCAUUCACUCCGGCGAUGGUCGCAAGGAUAUCAUGGUUGGCCCGCAAUUUCAGGCCACAAUCCCUCCACUCAACACUCACUUGUUCCAGGAAAGAGCCUAUGAGAAUGAGGACCAGCUGCUGUGGACCCCGGGGAUGCUACCUGUUGCGACUGUGGAGGGCUUCCUGUUGCAGGCCCAGAGGCAAGGGGGACAAGAGGGAGCAGCAGAGACCCCCACAUCAGGAGACAUUAUCAAAGACAACGAGCAGGCUCUUUAUGAGCUGGUGAAAUGCAAUUUCAAUGCAGAGGAAGCCCUCAGACGACUGCACUUUAAUGUCAAAGUGUUCAGUGAGGAACUUUGUGCCUGGAGCGAGGAGGAAUGCCGAAACUUCGAACAUGGAUAUAGAGUCCAUGGGAAGAAUUUCCACCUCAUCCAGGCAAACAAGGUGCGCACACGCUCUGUUGGGGAAUGCGUGGAGUAUUACUACAUGUGGAAGAAGUCGGAACGCCAUGAGUACUUCACACAGCAGACCACAAAACUGGGGCGUAAGAAAUACAACCUGCAGUCAGGCACCAUGGAGGAUGGGGAGCAGGAUGCUGAUGGUCCUGAGGUGGAGGGUAGCAGCCACCCUCUCAGUUCGCCGCCUGGAGCCCUGGCCACCUCUCAGCCUGGCCCCCCUUCUCCUGCAGCCGUCCUAGAUAUGGAAAAGAAAGAUGCCGAGCUGGGUGGAGGGAUUUCGGAACUGUGUGGGAAUCCAUGCCCGAGUCCUCCCAGAGAGCCACUCUUCAAUCAGCUCUCCCUCUUGUCCACCAAGGAGGACCCUCCGCAGCCUGUCAAACACUGUCCCGGCCCCACUGGCCGCCUGGUCCCGCCCUCUGGCCCGCUGGCCCAGUGCCACGCCCCACAGGGACCCUAUGACAGCGCCCUCCCUCAGCCGUCGGGCCCUGAGCUCCUGGGCCCUGGGUUUUAUCAAUUGCAGCUGGGGCCUUUUGUCACAGACGGUAUGUCGACAGAGUCUGCUGCUACCAAGAGGCUGCAGGUGGGCUUUUCGCUGCCCUCGCCACCCCCGCCAUCACCUGCCGUUGCCUCCACGGUCUCUGUUACCUCCGAGUUCGGGGUCAUCAGCAGCUUCUUGUGCCCCCGUGCCAUGCACACCCCCCCCGUGCGACAUCCGCGCUCCCUCAAACAGUGAGCGCAGUUGACGCCUGUUCCCUUUUACUUAUUUAUUUCCGUCCGACCUCACACUUCACGGCCCACAUCCUGUGACAUCCGCCUUCCGUCGCGCAAUGAAUAUGGAUUAACGCGCAACUUGAUGUGACCGUUAUUCCGGCUUUGAGCCCCCCCUCCCCCCCCCCCCCCGCU